UUAACAGUGGACUCGUCCAUAAGGAUAUAAAGCCGGAUCGUCAGACAGUCAUUUACUCUUUCAUCAGGCUAGAGCCUGAGACAGUGAUGGACACGGAAAAAAACUGCUCUGUUCGCCAGCAUACCACGGAUAAAACACCCGUAAAGUUAAAUUGUCCAUUGGAGGGCUGCCAUGCCAGAAAUAUUGCCCGACUGGAUCGACACUUGCACAGGAUUCACGAUAUUCAGACAGUCAACCCAGAGUAUGCUGCACUCAUGUCCAAGGCUAAAGCUACAGUUGACCGAAGGUCCACAAGCAAUGUCACUGAUAAUUGGAUGCAGGAGCAGCCGGAGGAAAGACAUAAGUCGACCGAGAAAACGCAUACUCUCAGUUCAGACCCGGGUGUUCACCAAGAGUCGGCUCCGCCGACUUUAAUGCCCUCGGGAAGGGAGCCAGCAUGUACAAAAACGCUGCCGACUGUCACGGGGCUGCGACAACAGCUACGAGCCACAGAGGACACCUCGGCAGCUACUGGGACUGGCUCGGUACGCCCAGAGAGUAGCACAUCUUGUAGCGGCACAUACCUGUCGCCGUCCUCAGCAUCUGAAGAUGAUGAUUCCUCCUCCUCCUCCUCCUCCUCCUCCUAUACAGAGCAUGGACCUUCAAGCCCCGAGCCAAGAAGCCAACGUGACCCCAAAGCGCUUCAGCUGUACCGAGCGUUUCUGUCAGGACCGCUACCCACUGCAAAGGGCCGGGACAACACGAAACAGGCGGUUCAGCAUAUCCGACUAUUCUUGCAACACAUGGCCAGGUUACCAGAGGGGCCAGUCAGGAACGACUUGCGGUUCUUGCGCCACGCCUCACGGAGCCAGUCGUGGUUCGAUGAGUUGAUGAGAUCAGGAUUGAAACCUACCACGGUCCACAGUUACCUACAGGACGUACUUUCUUUCCUGCGGUACCUGCAUGAGGCUGACUUAAGCCACGUAAAACUUUCUGAACGGAACAUACGCUCGUUAAUGUUCCUCCUCAAAUCGUUCAGAAAGCAGGGGAAAAGGCAACUCUCGCUGCACCGUCAAUUGGUACAAGACCAUGGGCAAGAGCGGCUCAUCCCUAAAAACAAGCUCCAGUGCUUUAACCAGCAAUGCGAGACGGCGAUACCUGAACUACUUGAUCUCUGCGAGUCGGCACCUUCCAACGCCUGCACCCUGGUCGGCCUUCUGUGCGGGAGGCUGUUGUUGCACAAUGGUCAUCGUAGGGGGGUCGUAAUGAAUAUGAGUCUGCUUGACUUUGACGGUGCCAAAGCCUACACGGGGGAGUUCCACAUCAGCGUGAGUAACCACAAAACGGCAGCGACCUUCGGGAAAGCGGUGUUGGUGGUGAGCACCCUGGAGCAUCAAUGGCUCUUGCGGUAUGCCGCAAUGAGACACAAACUCCCGGGAUACAGCUACAAACCAACCACGUUUUUCUUUACCAACAAGGGCAACCCUAUCAAGAAGAUCGGAAGAGCCAUUUCGAAAGCUUGGAAGUACUGGGGGCUGGGAGACGACAUUACCACAGGCAUGAUUCGCUCUGCGGUGGUCACCUAUACUUGGGCAACUCAUAACGAAGUUAACAAAACUGCAGUUUCGAGACACAUGGCGCACAGCCUGAGAACACAGGAGAGCUUCUACGUCCAUGACCAAGCCCCGGCUGACCACCAACGAGCAAGACGCCUCAUCGGGGAGAGCCUGGAGCUUACCGACAGCCUGCCGCCCCUGGUCGCUCACUCUGCCUCCACAGAGGACACCUGUUUAAAUGCACCGUCUCAGGAUCUGUCUGAUUUUAAUAAAGUGCUUUAGACUCAAAA